UUAAUAGAUGUCGACCCAAGCAUGUUGAGUGAGAAGUGCACGCGCACGGCUGACGUCCCGAAUGAUCCAUUGGAAGCCUCCUUUCCACGUCGUAUCUGGCAAGAGCAGUGACCGGCUCGUAUCAUUGAGGCGUUCCAAUGUCAGCUCCACUGCGAUGGGUUCGGCGACCUUCCUCUCGUACCACUUCCGAUGGUCGUACUGACAGAGGGCGGAGGCGAGCAAGACACUGAGAAUGAUGGAGAAGAAGGGCCAGAGGAAGAAGCGGCGGUACUCGGGUAGGAAGACGUUGUCCGUCUGCACGAAUGUCACGAUGAAGAGGAUGCAAAAGAAGGCGACAUACCCCCACACCAAAUAGUUAAUGGUGGGCUCGAGAGGCUUCUCUGCUAGCGUAGUAGCAAGGCUGCUGUUGAAUUGACCGUCAGUCAUCCAUUCGUUGAAGCCGACCAGCGUUGGUCGAUCAGAGGUGCUGUUGAGCUGCAGUUGGCAUGAGCUGAACUGAUGAAUCUGAGGGCCGGCAAGCGUACAGGUCUGCAGGUGCGUGGCGUACAGCGGGGACUCCAUGUCGAGCAUUAACAGCGGUAGGAGCUGCCGUUGCAGUUGAGGACCUGCGCCUGGCAAAAUCUGCAAAGUCGGGUGACGACAGCGAGAUGAGAGAUCUCUCUGUGAGUGUCGCUCCCUAGCUCGCAAGAGGGCGAGAGGAAAGAGAUAGACGAC